AGUCUAACUAGUACAGUCGUUAUAUGAAACAAAAAGCCAAAUAAAACAAAUAAUGUAAAAGCGUUUAAAAAAACAAAACAGUAAAACUGCAUUACCCAUAAUGCAACACCUGGGUUGUAGUCGUUCUUUUACUCUCGCGGGCUUUGUUUUGAUAAUGGCGGCAGGCUUCGAAUCUCCUGUCUGUUAUGUUUCUAAAGCGCAGGUUUUCACUCCGGUUACACGGACGUUCGUCGAUGUUACAGCGAGUCCUGCCUGAGACAGAGUGGUGUCACCAUGUCAUCUCCAGCCGGGCUGCAGCACUCCCAGGCAGACUUCCUGGCACGCUGGUUGCCAAGUAGCACAAGAGCCGGGGUGAUCCUCAGCCCGGGCUGCCCUGACUUAGCUGGCUCGUUGCGGUACAACUCCACUGCCGUGGGAUCAUCCCCUUCCCUUGAGCCAGACGACUCCUUCGCCUCCGACUUCGCCCCUCUGCCCGGCUCUGUAGACAGCAGCUGCUGCCUCGGUGUGGAUGGGUUUGCCCGGUCGCCUGGAGGAGAGAAGGCCGGGACUGACAGGCCAGUGAGCGGGCUGUCCUCCUCUGUGGCUCCGAGGAAUCUAGAUGGAGAGUUGGACAGUUUGGGUGAGAUGGCGAGCAAAUCACAGGAUGUGCCCAUAAGGAUGAAGCUAGAACAGUUGAGGAAAUGGCAGCAGCACAUGCAGGAGCAGCUAAAAGCUCAUCAGCUGGAGGAGCUGCUUCGCCUCCAAGAGGAGCAGCAGAGGCUGCUGGGAAUGAUGAACGGAUCCCAGCACUGCAUAGAAGAUGACACAGAGAGUUCAGGGCUGUCAGGAGCAGAAUGGGAGGACAACUCGCUGCAGAGAGCCUGUCGUUACACAGAGAGCCUAUACAGCCCCUCCAUAAACUGCCGUGGGGCCUCACAGGGCUCCACCUGUGGCCUCCGACAGGAACGAGAGCCCUCACCUGCACAAAGUCCGGAGCGGCUACCAAGAGGUCAAGAUUGUCAGGAGGUGGACGAUGAGGAAGAGGGCAUGUGGAACUCCAGAGAAGAUACUAGCCAUUUUCAUGAGCAUGAUGACACGUUAAUACCAAGUAAUGGUGGGGCUUUGACUGAAGACAACAGCAGAGAAGAAGAUGAAGUCUUCCAUGACAGACCUAUAAAGUCGGGUAUCGGGGGUCAGAAGAAGACGUUUGAGGAGCUGUUGGAGGAGCAGAUGAGGGUUGAGGAGCAGAGGCUGAGGUCUGCCCGGCAACAGCAGAGCCAAGAUGGAGCUGAAGCUGUCCCUCCUAAGAGGGCCUUCCUGAAGCGAGGCGACGGCCUCUCGAGAUUUACUAACAAUCGCAAAGCCUCGCUACCAAAAAUGGGGGUGAAAAAGGACCUAAAACCACCGCUCAAGGCCAGAGUAAUCUCCCGCAGCAACUCAGAGCCUACAGCUAUCCAGAGAGGUGGCGUCCAGCAGCGGCUUCCCGUUCAGCGUAAAACCGCCACGCUCAACAAGGAAAACCGACUGAGAGGUCUCAUCUCGCCACCUCGGGACAUCAGAGUUGAGAGUAAGGCAGCACGGAUGAAGGUUUUGGGUAGUCAUCAAAGACAGAACACAGACGGACCGGAGUCCAUUCAAACUGACCCGGAGGGGAGACAAACCAAACAUAACCUUUGGCAAGUAAAGGAGCAGGAUAAUAGGAAAGUGGGUCAGUUGGCUCAGACUGUGAGGAACACCGGUCCUAACACGCAGCCAAACCCUGUAACCAAACAGGUGGGUGUGUUAAGAGGACCAGAGAAGGCUGAACACGAUGCUGCUAGAGAGACAAGUUGUGGUUCAAGAGUGGAAACGGCAGACGGAGUUCCACAGGAGUCGUUUGAGUUGUCGUUCCAGGAGAAGCUCGGGCGCUGGGAUUGUGACCUGCAGGUGGAGAACAUGGAGCUGGGAGAGUUUGAGCUGCUGGAGCAAGCGGCCGAGGAGCUGUCCUUCUCCUCCAACUCCUCCUUUGUCAUAAAGGUUCUCCAGAUGGACCAGCAUUACAGGGGGCUGCACCCACGGCGGCUCUCCUCCACCCCCAUCAAGUCGCCACCCGGAGGAGGCAGUCAGAGGUGCAGCGGUGUUGACAGUAGCGGUGGCUUGGCGUGUAAAAGCAGCUCCGUGAACUCAGAAGUGGUCGUGGUGAAGAUGAGAGACGACGCCCUCCAGAACAAGGCGAGCAUCGAGGAUCAGGAGGAGCAGGAAGGACAGGAGAUCUCUGAUGUUUCAUCCUGUGGCAGCUCUGAAUCUGAAGACCAGGAAGUGGCGGUCAAACCAGCUUCGUUUCCCAGCAGCCUUUGCUUUCCCGCACAGUCCAACCCGCCAUACGACAAGCGGUCGUAUCAGGACGAGGACAGUUGCAGGGAUUCAGAUGUGACACGAGGCGACGACGGCGGGGAGAGCGAUGGCGCGCUCAGCAACGCUGACGAGUCCACUCUGAUAGAGGACAGAGACGGGCAGCAGGGUGGAGUUGUGUUUGACGACGACGACACGUGGAACGACCUGGAGGACACCGCGGUCGGCACGGCCAAUGACAGUAGAGGAGUUAGUCCAGCCAAUGGGAUCUCUCCACCACCGCGGACUCUGUUGAGGAAGGUGGCAGCGAGCAAAGUAGUGGAGCUGGAUAAGGGCUCGGAUCUUCUUCCUCCUCCUUCUCCUCCUCCUCCUGCCUCACAGCUCAUGACCAGGUUGUUCCCCUCACUGAAGCCAAAGGCCCAGACUGCACCUCUCCCUCCUCCUCCUGCUGCUCCUGUUGCUCCUGAGUCCAAAAAGUCAGAGGAGGAGACAGGCCAGCAGGUCCAGUCUAGACAGCUGAGGGAGAGACUGGUGGAACUGGAGAUCGAGAUCGAGAGAUUUAAGAAGGAGAACGCCGCCCUUGCCAAACUGAGACAGGAGAACGAGAAAAACCAGGAACAUCUCAGGAAAGAGCGUUUGGAGUUUGAGCAGAGGAGAGCGGAGGAGCUGGCCAAGUUUGAGGAGUACAAGAAAGAGGAGAACAGGAAGUUGCAGAAGGAGCGCAAACUGUUUGAGAAGCACGCGUCGGCCGCCAGAGCCAUCCCUGACAAGAAGGAGCGAGAGGAAAUCCAGGUGUUGAAGCAGCAGCUGGGCUCGCUCCAGGAGGAGCUGAGGGGGAGGGAGAGUCGCUGGGCGUCGACUCACAGCCGGCUGAGGCAGCAGAUCGACUCCCUCAGCCAGGAGAACGGCUCUCUCCGGGACGAGAUCCGUAUGUUGGAAAAGCUCCGCCUCAGUGCCUGGAAGAAAAACCCUGUCACUGCAGAGAAGGACAACGAAAUGAAAGACGCUCCCAAAAUAUGUGAGAACAACGGGACAUCUGUGACCAAAGGAGUGAAAUUCGCUAGUCCUCUUGACACCAGAAGAAGCAGCAUCAGUCCUCCAGAGAGCAGCGCGGCUAGAAGGAGCUCCAGAGAGAUCAGUCAGAGUACUACAGGCGGGAUAAAAAGCAGCCUGAGGAGGCCAUCAGCGCCAGUCUUCUCUUCAUCUUCCUCCUCCUCCUCCUCUUCCUCGCUGCCUGGCAGGAGGACAGAGGAGAGUUCAACACCUGCCAGCAAGAUCCAGGACAGACCGCCAAACCAAGAACACUCACACAGCUGCUCUCCAAAAAGAGAUUCUCUGCCAAAAGAACCAAAAGAGUGCAGCGAAGCCAAAGAGCCAGAAUCAGCUCAGGAGGUCAUCACACACCCUGAUGGGAGGAUAGAGAAGGUUCUGGCCGGUGGCGAUCGCCUCAUCGUCUUUAACAACGGGACCAAGAAGGAGGUUUCAGCCGACGGACUGACGGUUAAAGUCACCUUUUUCAACGGAGACACCAAAGAGGUCGCAGCCGACCAGAGAGUGAUCUACUUCUACGCCGACGCCCAGACGACUCACAUCACCUACCCAGACGGCAUCGAGGUCCUGCACUUCCCCAACAACCAGACCGAGAAACAUUUCCCAGACGGCCGUAAAGAAAUCACCUUCCCAGACCAGACGGUCAAGAAUCUUUUCCCCAACGGCCGGGAGGAGAGCGUGCUGACGGACGGCACCAUCAUACAAGUCAACCCGGACGGCACCAAGGAGAUCCUGUUCAACACGGGCCAGAAGGAGAUCCACACGGCCGACUACAAGAGGAGGGAGUAUCCCGACGGCACCGUGAAGACAGUCUACAGCGACGGCAGGCAGGAAACCCGCUAUCCCAACGGACGGCUCCGGGUCAAAGACAAAGACGGAAACGUCGUCCUGGACAGCGGAGCGUAGGGAGGGACACGCCGUCUCAGUACGGAUACCAUCCCCAGAGACUUACACAUUUUUUUACCUCAGUUUUACUCAACACGUUUUCUUAACAGGAACACCAGAAGGAACCUUUUAAUGAUGUACAGAAUAUGUUUUGUGUCUGAAGUUUUGCGAUGAACUCCGUUAUUAAGUCUUUUGUUUGUAACAGGAUAUUUAUGGGCUUAUGAUCAGUCUUAUGAAUCUAAAUGUUUACAUCAUUCAGUGAAGGCCUGCUGUACACAACUGCUUCAGAGUGGAGUGUUUUUGGUUUUAAGUGUUUGUUUACAACUAUUUUAAUUUGUAUAAAUGUUAAAUACAUAUUUAUUUUCUUAGCUGACUGUAUAUUUUUUGUAAAAUAAAAAUGUAUGUGUUUUUUUU